AUGGCUGAAAAUUCCUCAGCUGAGCAAGUCGACAAAGUUUCCCUUAGAGUUGUGGUGCUGAAGGAGAAAAACAAAGUUCUGUUUGCAGAGGCAGGAAAGGAUUUUGUUGAUGUUCUUUUGAGCUUCUUAUCAUUGCCUUUAGGGACCAUUGCAAAACUCGUGGCAAAGGACUCAAAUAUUGAAUCAGUGAAAUUUGGCAGCAUUAGCUCAUUGUAUCAAAGUGUGUCAGAUCUUGAUACACAAUAUCUUUGGUCACACACCUGCAAGGAAAUGCUACUCAAUCCUAACAACUCAGCGGAAGCUUAUUGCUGGAAUAUGAAAUUGAACAUUGACAAUACUGAGUCCUUGAAGUCCUACUACCUCUGUGAGAACGUUUCAUGUUUAUCUGUUGACCAUAAGUACUGUUUGAGUUACUUUAGGAAUCAAAAAUGUAUUUGUGGAAAGCCGUUGAACCGAGAAAAAUCCCGGAUUUUGAGUAAAGAAAUCGGUUUUGUUAAGGAAAUGUCAACGUUUAUCAUAUCUGAUGAUCUCUAUGUUAUGCCCAAUGUUGUUACGGCAAGUUUAAAUCUCCUUCAGAAGCUUGGAGUCAAUGACAUUGAUGCUAUUGAUAAACAAACCGUUAGUAUCAACAUCACCAAGAAAGAGGUGGUUGAUCUUCUCAAAUUGUCUUUGGUCUCAAAAACUCCUUUGUCGGACUUUAUAUUUAAAAAGGAACAUUUUGUUGAAGAUUUAGUUCUAAGUAACCAAUUGGAAGUUAAUAUUGGUAAAGAAAAGGAAGAAUCUGAUGAAAUGGUUGUGAAAGUACUGAGAAGAAAAUCAAAUAAACAGAUUUUGUUUGUUGAAGCAGAGGAAGAUUUCGCUGACUUCGUUUUUAGUUUUCUCACUUUCCCCUUAGGAGCAGUGUUGCAUACUCGCCAAGGAUUCUCUUUUGUAAGCUGCAUUGAUAAUUUAUACAAGAGCGUGACUGAAUUGAGUUCAGACAAGUGUUUGAGGUCACAGCUUUUCAAAGACAUACUAACCAGUCCAACCAUUUCUGCUCAAUCUGAACUCAGACACCAGAUAUUACCGAUACCUAAAAACAAUUAUAAGGAAAAAAAUACGUCAUACAAAUUUAUUGAUCCUAAAUCCCCUAUUUCUGGUGGAUAUGCUGGAGCAUCAUUAACGUUUAUGGUGACAGACGAAUUGGUUGUGACUCCAAUGUCAUCCAUUGAUGGUAUUUCAUAUCUUGAAAGAAUGAAGGUCUCACUUAAUGACGUGGAGGAAAUGGUCCUUAAUAUUGGCCAGAAGGAGGGUCUCGGCAUACUUAGAGCUUCAUUGACCUCAAAAUCUGCCUUGACAAACGGCCUCAACCAGUUCAUUGGAAGUAGAUCUGUUCAGGCUAAUUUGUCAUCUAAUGCUAGACCCUUAAAGAAGCCAAAGGUAGAAAAAUGA